AUGCCGACUUCAACGUCGGAUUCUGUUGCAAUUUCACAUCUACCACCCAAACAAGUUAUAGCGUCCCCAGCUACGGCCAACCUUGUCACCUUAGGGCACGACGGCAAGCCGCUCAAGCUCAGGUCGGCGUGUAAUGCUUGCUUUUCUGCGAAGGUUCGAUGUGAUGGAAACAAGGGAGGUUGCAAACGUUGCGUGGACAAGCGCAUCAUGUGUGUGUACAGCGAGUCGAGAGUCGGCAAAGUUGUGGGAAAGCGGAAGCGGAAACAACCCGAGGACGACUCGGUCGGAUCUGUGAAUUCCGAGUCCUGGAUCCUCACAGAGCAGCAGCCUGCUUCAAUGCCCUCGCCGGCAGCUACAGCGUCGUCGUCGGAGUCUUUCACCAAGAGACAUUGUCAUGAAGACAGCUGGACUUACUUCAUCGCUGACGAGCAGGCUGCUCAGCAAGAAUUCAAUGAAGCGAGUGAGGCUCUUCAGAGCAUCGACAUGGGCAAUUACCGCAGCUCGUCCGAAGCGAGUGAAGUCGAGUUCCACGUUCCUGGUGGCCUGCAGACGCCAGAUCUAAGCCCUCCGAAUGUCUCACGAUACCUAUCACCUGCCAUUCUCGAAUCACGACCUGUCUCGCGAAAUGCUUCGAUAUCGACCAAUCCGUCCGUCAUCCAACGAACAGCAAGCGCAGCAUCUAUGACUCGAACGACAGAUCUCAUCCAUCCGGAAGACGAGGAGACCGUUUGCAUCAAGCUCCUAGCUCACCUGAAGAAGUAUUCCGCUUCCAUCAACGACCACGGUCGCGCAUUUCAAAUUGACCUUUUAACAAAGUCAAAUGCCUCCGUACGCCGCAUCCUUCGUUCUGGGAGCGUUCGUGCGGACUACAGCUGUCAACUUCUUCUGUCUAGCAUCUUGACUCACCUCACAACAGUGUGUGAAGCCUUAUGUUACACAAGCUCAAGCCAAGACUCGACGGUAUUGCAAGACGUACCACAUGCUGUGCAACAGGACUCAGACUCUCGGCAAGACCGCAACUCAGAGGCAUUUGACAUGCGCACAGGCCUCGUGUACCAGUCGACACUAAGUGAUGCGCUGCGUCCCUUGGUCCUGGAAACGAGCUCGCUAACGGUUGAUGUUGGGGCUUUACUAAAGCGUAAGCCCCUUGAUGGGUUCCAGACUCUGGGUAAAUGGGAGAUGGGCAUACUCGAGCUGGGCUACAGGUUACAAAUUGCGCUGGAGGCAUUGUAA